AUGGUACACCUUGUGGCUGUACCAGAGACAAUCACGGCAAGUGGCUGUGCUUGUGUCUUUAUUGACACCAUCUUCCGACUUCAUGGGUUGCUCCGUGAACUCGUAUCAGACAGAGAUCCACGAUUCACUGCUGAUUUCUGGCGUUCCGUGUUCAAAUCACUCGGAACGCGCUUGAAGAUGUCGACAUCUGAUCAUCCAGAGUCAGAUGGUCAGACGGAUCGUGCCAAUCGUGUCCUUGAAGAGAUACUUCGAGGAUACGUACACUCCUUUAAGAGUUGGAGUGAGUUUUUGCCAAUGGUAGAGUUUGCCAUUAACAACUCGGUGCAUGCGUCCACGACACAUACACCGUUUUACGUGAAUGGCUUGCGCCAUCCGCGUGUACCCACCUUACUGGAGUGUAACUCUGGUUUAAGGGGGGGAGGGACUCGCGCGAGCAAAAACCGAUUUGGUUCACGCUCAUCACGCUCUGACGAAGAGGUCAUUGCGUUUGAUGCCGAUAUCGAUAACAUCGAUAUCGAAGAAGAUGAUGCCAGUGAGAGUGCGGAAGCCCUCACUGAAGAAAAGGUUGAUGUUGCUGCAGUGCGCUCACAGCGCACUGUAGCUAACGAGUCAUCAGAUGAGUUCAUACUGGCUCGUGAAACGGUAGUCCGUUUUGUGCAAGACUCCAUCGCCGAAGCGGUGGAUAAGCAAAAGCAAAACGCUGAUAAGAAUGGAAGGGCAAACACUCUUUAUUUAAUAAAGAUGACUUAG